GACAUUUUUAGGUUUUAUUAACCUCUGCCGAUUUUAUAAUCAGACUUAAAGCCGUUAUAUUUACUCGAACUGAUAAAAGAAUUCUGUAAUCAUCAACAGGCCUAUUAAAAUAACGACAUUAAGCUAACGGCUGGUUUUCGUUCAGAAUAUUAAGAUUUCUUCAUAAACUUUCAUUCGUCCCAUUUCUUCAAUGAUGGUGGAUUAGGAAAAAUUUGAACAGAAUAUUGGUGCUGGACGCAACAUUUUCUUGGCUGAAGAUAGACGAUUGAAUUCUUGUAAAAAAUGGGAUCCCAGCGACAAGCUAUAGAAGAAACGAACUGCAUUACAGUAACGAGAUAUUUUCUAACUGAACAAAAGAAACACCCGGAAGCGACUGGAGAGCUGACACAUCUUCUGAAUAGCGUACAAACUGCCGUGAAAGUCAUUAGCAGCGCUGUGAGAAGAGCUGGUUUCACACAAUUAUUUGGCACCGUAGGCGAGACGAAUGUACAAGGUGAAGAGGUGAAAAAACUAGAUGUGUUAUCCAACGAAUUGUUCAUCAACAUGUUGACGUCUUCGUACACUACGUCGCUGUUAAUAUCAGAAGAGAACGAAACCAUCAUUGAAGUGGAAACUGACAAGAAAGGCAAAUACAUAGUCGCCUUCGACCCGUUAGACGGCUCCUCGAACAUCGACUGCCUGGUGUCCGUAGGCUCGAUCUUCGCCAUAAUGAAGAAAGAAGACAACACCAUACCAACAGCGAAAGAUGCUCUUCAACCGGGCACAAAAGUUGUGGCUGCCGGGUAUGCGCUGUACGGCAGCGCUACCAUGAUGGUUAUUUCAGUUGGCAAUGGGGUACAUGGGUUCAUGCUGGACCCAAGCAUCGGGGAGUUCAUUUUGACCGACAAAAAUAUGACGGUGCCUGCGAAGGGAAAAAUAUACUCCAUCAAUGAAGGAUAUACCCACAUUUGGGAUAAGGCUGUCAAGGAAUAUAUAGACAACAAAAAAGAUCCUGCCAAGGGGACUCCGUACAACGCUAGGUAUAUAGGCUCUAUGGUGGCUGACGUACACAGGACAAUCAAAUAUGGAGGAAUAUUCAUCUAUCCUGCUACUUCAAGUUCACCGAAAGGAAAGGUAUGGAAAUAUAAGGGUACUAAAGGAUGUUUUAACUUUGUUUAACGGAGAAAGUCCUUUUUUGAAUAAUAUUAUGCAACAAGACGAAUAACCGAAUCAGAAUAUCUUACAUAUAUAUUAUUUGGGUAUUCCAAGUUUCAUGCUUUUGUAGCCACAGAAGAAUAAAUGGAUAUUUUAUGCUGCAAACUCCUGCAUAUUUUGCGCAUCUAACAUCUCAACACUCGCAUUUUUCGUCUAUGGCACAUUAGUGACUGUCAACAUGCUGUCAACGUUUCAUCAAAAUCCAAUUCACAUCGCAAAAAAACCUAAUAUCUAGAUUCCGGAGUUUUUAGCGAUUUUUAUAUUUCACUUAUUGACGUUUGCCGUGCAAGCGGUAGAUCUACUUAAAAACGGAAAUGACAACGUCGCAUUCGUUCGUCUGUUUGUGUCCGUCGCGGUGAAGAGAGAAAUCCAGCUCGCUGAAAAUUCAGCCGUAACGUUUCGAGUUCUAGAAAAGAAUCAUUAAUCAAAUCUAAGCGAAUAACCAAAAUCUCUGUGUUAUGUGCCGCGGUUAUAAUAUGGUUCAAGAUGACACACGGGUU